AUGCUUCCAGGCCCUGUUCUCCCACCUCCACCUCCGCCGUUGGUGUUUAUAGGUUCACCAAGUCUGCCGCAAUCAGACCCACAGUCUUCAUCGACUGGGGCCAGUGUUGCCAUUAUUAUUAUUGUCAUAAUCGCCACAAUCACCUUGACUACUUGCUUCGUGCUCCUGCGCCGAGGUUGUCUCCGUCGCCAGGGCCGCUUGUCCAGCUCGUCCUUCUCUUGCUGCAGUUCUGAGUCUGGAAUGCGGUCUGCUGCAUCAGCAGCUGUUGCCUCAGCUGUGUCGUCUGUGGCACGUUCUGCAGAAGGGCCAGUGGAGGGGUCUGAACUGGUAGCAUCCGUGCCUGUCUCUGCUGAGAUGCCAAAGGGUGGGAUGGACACACUGGUGCCAUCAGCACUGUAUCUUCCAGAGGUGGAGCGUUUGAUAUUGGAGUUGCUCUCGCUACCUGCAGUGCCAAUGAAGCCUGGGAGCAGGGAUUGCGCAAUGUGCAGAGAGUUCCUACCUACUGAUGUGCUUCUCAUACUGCCAUUGUGCUCGCAUAUGUUCCAUCAGUCAUGCAUCAUCAACUGGCUACGCCACACCACACCGUCAUGCUGCCCAUCCUGCCAUGCCUCUAUCACCAUUCCUGGCUCUAACAAGACUGAAGUUGCUCCGACCUUCUGCUCAGUUGAAUACGACAUUGAGUCUCAGAUGCUAAUGCCGACCCCACCUGGUGAGGCAGUAGCAGAGGCUGUUGGAGGAGAUCAUGGGUGGCUGCGCUCUUCCCUGGACAGAUUAUCUGGCAGCUGGAGAGGAUGUUCCAGCAAUUGUGCCACUGCAGCGGUUGUGCCAGUGUCCUCACGGUGCACCACUGGAAGUUGGAGCCAGGGCUCGAAUGGCCGAUUCGACAAUGACUCAGAUUGCGCUAAGGUACAGGAGCCGCUGCCAGUUACAGAUGGUAAGGAGGUGCCAGAGACUGUGAGGGGCUCUGUCGGGUGGCUGAGAUCUUUGGCCACACUCUCUGGCAGCUGGAGUGGGUGCUCCAGCAGCUAUUCUUCUGAGAUGGGGUUGCCGGUGACUUCGAGGCAUGUCACAGAGACCCUGGCAUCAAGUGGACGCAGUGAAACUGACACAUGGUCUAGGAGGUGGGAUCUUGAGGCUGCUAUGCCGACACCUGAGAGGCCAUCCUUCAGAAGCUCAGGUUGAACUAUUGCUCUAAAAGAAGAGAAUGAAUACAAAUUGUACAUCAAAGAACAGGAGUAGCAUUGAUUCUUUGUGUUGGAUAUACAAUCAUACUGAUGGAUGCAACAACGUUUUGUAUAGCAUAUAUAGAUCAGCUUUUAUCUUUUAGAUAAUUGGCUGUCCUUGGUCCUUAUGUCCAAGUCAAACUGUGAGCAAGAUAGCACGAUAUAGUGAUGGAUAAGAGGCUCCCUGCCAUUCUUAGCAUUUUCUAUUGAGGGAAAGGAUUAAUAUUGGUAGGCUAUAUAGCAUAUCAAGUGAUAGUUUUGAUAAAAAACUUGGUUUUAGUUCUACUGUGACAAGCAUGUUGCGCUAAUAUGCUAUAUGUGCUUGAACUGUAAACUGUGCUGCUACAAUGGACCUGUACGAUGAUACUGGUUCUGUAAAUGUUCAGUUUGGAGCGGUUUGGUUGUAAAGAAUACUGUUGGAACCAAGUGACCUAUGAUAUAUCCACUUGAGGUUCUCGCAAUCUUAUUUGCAUUGGUUGCGAAGAAACUACAAUAGAGCAAUAUGAAGCAGAAAGGAAGGAAAAUAAUGUGUUUUGUUGUUGCUGUCACAAUAUGUUUGUCUUGUGUUUUGCUAUGCUGUAACUCUUGUUGUAA